AUGUCACCAUCCGAUGUUGGCUCUUCGUCCAGAGAUGGUUCAGAGAAGCCCGACCCUGUCGGGUCGCCCUCAACUGAACAAAUAUCCCCAGAAGCGACUGAAGAUGUGUCUGAAGAGAAAGCUGGCGCUGGUGCGCCGUUGGAUAGAGUGCCGUCGCAGGCGCAGAAGCUAGGGAAGAAGAAGAUUGUCGUUGUCAUGACUGCGCUUUGUCUUGUCUUGUUCCUAGCAGCUUUGGAUAUGACCAUCGUCUCUACAGCCCUACCUACUAUCGCAACACAUUUUCACGCUUCCGAAAGCGGUUACUCAUGGAUCGCCUCAUCAUACAUGCUGGCCAACGCUGCCUGUGUCCCGUUAUGGGGUAAGAUCAGUGAUGUCUGGGGUCGCAAGCGCAUCAUUCUUAUCGCCAACUUCCUCUUCCUCGUCGGCAGUCUGAUUUGCGCGCUGGCCAUCAACCUCCCCAUGAUCAUCUCCGGCAGAGCCAUCCAAGGUGCAGGUGGUGGUGGUAUCAUUGUGCUAGCCAACAUCUGCGUCUCCGAUCUCUUCAGUGUCAGAGAACGCCCCAUGUACUAUGGUCUCUUCGGCUCUACAUGGGCCAUCGCCGGAGCACUAGGCCCUAUCGUCGGCGGUGCCUUUACCACUGACGUAACCUGGCGCUGGUGCUUCUACAUCAACCUCCCCAUCGGCGGCGUCUCCUUCGUCAUUCUCGUCUUCUUCCUCAAGAUCGAGACCGGCAAAGUUCCCUUCUGGGCGGGCAUCCGCUCCAUCGACUGGACCGGUAACAUGCUCAUGCUCGGCGGCACACUAAUGUUCCUCUUCGGUCUCGAAUUCGGCGGCGUUAACUACCCCUGGGACUCACCAACAGUAAUCUGCCUCAUCGUCUUCGGCGUCUUCACCUGGGGCCUCGCCGUUCUCAACGAAUGGAAAUUCGCUCGCUACCCCGUUAUCCCCAUCCGCCUAUUCAACAACACCCACAACGUCCUGAUGCUCCUCCUCUGUUUCUGCCACAGCAUGGUCUUCAUCUCCGGCUCCUACUACCUACCUCUAUACUUCCAAACCGUCCUCCUCGCCAGCCCCAUCAUGUCCGGAGUCUACGUCCUUCCGACCGUUCUGAGCCUCUCCAUCUUCUCCGCCGCCACUGGCUUUGUCAUCAAGAAGACAGGCCGUUACCGCGAACUCAUCAUCUCCGGCUUCGCCCUCAUGACUCUCGGCUACGGCCUCCUCAUCGACCUGAAGUACUACGCCUCCUGGCCCCGCAUCAUCAUCUACCAGAUCAUCGGCGGUAUCGGCACCGGCCCGCUCUUCCAGUCCCCGCUUGUCGCUCUACAGGCCAACAUCCACCCCUCCGACAUGGCCGCUGGCACAGCUACCUUCGGUUUCCUGCGCCAGGUCUCCGCCGCUAUCUCCAUCGUUCUGGGCACAGUCAUCUACCAGAACGUUUUCCACGAGCAAAUGCCAAAGGUCGCUGCCGCGAUCGGCGAAACGAAGGCCACGUCCAUCGAGAACUCCUUCUCAGGCUCUGCUAGCACGCUGAUCAAGUCCCUAGGCAGUGCUCAGAAGACAGUCGUGCUGAAGGCGUAUACGUUGGCAUUGAGUCGCAUGUGGAUCUUUUACACUGCGAUGGCGGGAUUAGGUCUCAUCAUAAGUUUAUUUGUAAGGCCUGUCGUGCUGAGUAAAUCGCAUACCAUUGCAAAGACCGGCCUCGCAGAGCAGGAGAAGGCUAGACAAGCAGUUUUGGAAGAUCAGAAGAGGGAGAGAGGGGAGGAAGAGAAAGAGGCGAAGGAGGCGGUUUAA